AUGCUUGGUUUAUAUGACGCUGUGGCAAACCCGUGUAACCUUUACUGUGAGGCUUACAACAAAAUUAAUAAAACUUAUUGCAAACGGCUGCGAGUUUUGUGCAGCGAACACUACAAGCCUGGCGUGGAGGAAGAGCUCAAAAUUUGUGGAUUUCCAUUGAUAUGGAAUCGGAGCGAAUACCGGCCUCUGUGUAAAAUGUUUGCGGAUCCUAAUUCGUUUAUGAGUAUAGGUUUCUGUUUAAGGAAACGAAAGGAGUGCUACCAGCACCAUAACUGGAUUCAAAAUGUUCUGGGUCUUAUCGACGUGGAGUUAAUGAAUAAAUUGAUAAAAAUUGAUGAAUGUCUUGGGAAGAAACGUUGGUUGCAAAUAACUGAUAAAAUUCGCGGAGAUGUAUUGUCUUUGAUGUGCAAUGAAACAAUUCCGAGUAGAAAUAAUAGGAAUUCGAGUGGAGGUACUUCAUUCUCGGACACUCCGCCGGAUUUUCGUGCUAUGCCAAAUGAUGAUCCAAAGUCCUCGGAAACGACAAGGAAGGAAUCUCCUGAAAUAAAGUGGGAACUUGAAAACGAAGAUGAGGUUAAAAAUCAGAGCCAUUGUAAGAGUUCUGAUACUGUUACGCCGCAAGCGGUACAUAAUGCGGCUGCCGCGAAAAACUUAUUGUCGCCUGUUAACGUUUGUAAUGGCAGCAAAGAUUUUAUUUCAGCGAAGGGUCAGGAUAACAGUGCUGUUCAUAUUUCUGAAAGUCGUUCGACUUCGAGCGUGAUUAAUGAAACCAAUCAAUUAUGA